GCGGGCACUGGUUGGUGUCGGCGAGGGUCCCCUCAGUCCAUCCGCGGACCGCUCCUCAGCAGCAUGGGGACCUCCGAGUCCACGGCCCGGGACGCGCCACGGCGCUGCGUGGCCGCCGAGCGCGUCGCCGAGCUCCUCCCCGCCCUGCUGGCCCUGCUCCUGCUGGCGCUGCUGCAGCGGGCGGACGCCAAGCUGAUCACCGGGCUGGCGCCGUGCCCCAGCGGCGCGCCGCCCGCCAGGGAGUGCCUCGUCAGCGUGCUGGUGGACCUGCGAGCGCUGCGCGCCAGAGCUCGCGAGCGUGCAGAGCGGAACAACUCGACGCUCCCGCCGCAGGACACGCAGGUGGCCCUGUCGCCCAAGCAGGACCCUUCGCAGGAGCAUCAGGAGCCGGAGGAGCCGCAGGAGCCGCAGGAGCCGCAGGAGCCGCAGGAGCCGCAGGAGCCCGCCCAGGACCUACCGCAGCAGGCCAUCGACAUAGACCUGCGGCAGGAGCAGGAGCAGCAGCAGCGGCGGCAGCAGCAGCUGGAGCAGGCAGUACGCUACCAGGAGGACGAGCUUCAGCAGCUGCGCGAGCAGGUGCAGGAGCUGCGCCAGCAGCUGGCGCGGGCGCUGCAGCUGUACCAGCCUGAAGUCCUGGCCGGCCGGCCGCCCCCAGCGCCCCCGGCGCCGCUGCAGUACCAGGCGGCCGUCAAGUCGCUGCCCCUGCAGCUGCGCGGCAGGCCCGGGGGCGGGCCGGGGGCCGGCUUCUACCAACAGGCCACCGCCUCGCCCCGGCCUGUCGCCCGGCCUGUCCCCGACCUCCACGCCGGCUUCACGGGCUACGGCCCCGCACACGAUGGGGCGACCCGCCGCUUCUACCGGACUCUGCCGGCCCCCGCCCCCGCCGCCGCACGUGCCAACACAUCGCCCGUCUUUGGCCAGAGGCUCCGAUAUGUGGGUCUCCGUGAGUUAGCGCGGGGCGACGCCGUGGUGGCGACGUGAGGAUGGUCCUUCUGGAUGGCGCCGCCGUCCCUCCCUGCUAGGCCCAGGGGUCACGCCCCAAGUGCUGCAGUCCCGGCCCUGGCCCCUGGCCCCUGGCCCCUGGCCCCUGGCCUCCCUGGACCUGGUGUGGGGGGAAAUGGUGUUGGUGGGGUUGGGAAGGGUGGUGUUGGCGACAUAAUGUGAAGGGUUUCAGAGAGAGUUAUGAAUGACAUAGGGCAUCAAGCUUGAAAUCCAAAUACACAGUUCAAGUUUUUAAAAUUGAAUAUUUAUCUUUACAAAUGGCAGACAUGCAAUUUCUCAAAUCACAAUCAGCUGGUACAUCAUUUUGUUCAAUAUUUUGAUUCAUAACGCCAUGAUGUACUAUAUGCUCUCUAUAUAUACAACCGCUGACAAAUUGGGUAUGCCUUGACCACAAUGCAAUGAUUACCUAAAAAACUAUUAUGAAUCUACUUGGUGUACUAUAAUGAAAAUGAAUUUCUUAAAACCAAUACAUUAUCUAACUUGCUGUA